AACCAGCCCCUAGCGACGGGCCGCUAUCUCGCGCACCACGCUUUGCGGCGGCUCAGAUCAAGAGAUGAAGAUUGUUCUCACCAGAGCUUGUUCUGCUGGUAUUUUUCUUUUCUCUAAGCCAUUCAAAACUCAAAUCCGUUCAUAUGCUUAUCCUAAUUUUGAUAUUAAUUGCGAUACUGCACGACGUUUUGAGAAUUGGAUCCAAACUCAAUUUCGAAUUCAAUCAGAAAAACCUAAAUCUUCGAAUCCCGUUAUCCAAAUGCGUCCCAAUCCCUCUACUUGGGCAUUUAAUUAUCUGAUCAUGUCACUCUCUAAUACGAAUCAGCACUCGGAAGCUGUUUCUAUGUACAGAAAUGAGAUGGGUUGUGUUCAUUUUCGACCCGAUAUGUAUACGUUCAAUAUUGUAAUUAAAUGCUUGUGCUGUUUGAAGAGGGUGGAUUUGGGUUUUUCUGUUUUAGCAACUAUUUUUAAGUGUGGAUUUCAGCCCGAUUCUCGGGUUUUGAACACUCUGCUUCACGGGCUUUGCUCGGAAGGAUGGAUGGGUGCGGCAAUGGAGUUGUUUGAUGGAACAGUAGAGAAGGAAUACCCGUGUGAUGAGAUUACUUACGCGACUAUGAUUAACGGGUUUUGUAAGGGCGGGGAAACUUGGAAGGCGCUUGAGUUGCUUAAGCAUAUGAAGGACUAUGGGAGGAUUAAACCAAAUGUAGGAUGCUAUAGUCCCAUCAUUGAUGCUCAUUGUAAAGAAAGACGAGUGGAUGAGGCGCUGAGCUUGUUUGAAGAUAUGAUGAGUGGAGAUGUUGUACCGGAUGUUGUUGUUUAUACUUCUUUGAUUCACGGAUUAUGCAAGAGUGACCGAUGUGAGGAAGUCAAAAAGCUCAUGCGUGAUAUGGUUCAGGGUGGAAUUUCACCGAAUGUUCGUACGUACAAUGCUCUAAUUGGUUUUCUUUCCAAGGAAAAGAAAAUUGAACAGGCGAUUUCGCUAUUUGGAUGGAUGAAUAGCAAAGGCAUAAAGCCUGAUAAAGUCACAUUCACAUGUUUGAUUUCUGCUUUGUGCAAGACUGGGCAAUGGCAGAAAGCUAGAAAAUUCCUAGAAAUCAUGAUCAGUUCUGGAAUAUCUCCUUGUGUUGUUACGUACACUUCUAUGUUGGAUGCAUUGUGCAAGGAAGGGAGGAUUUCAAAGGCACUUGAUCUCAUGAAGACAAUGACUAAUAGAGGUCUAAAGCCUAAUAUUGUAUCCUAUACGUCUUUAAUUCAUGGCCUUUGCCGUUUAGGCCAAUGGAUGAAAGCCUACCAUUUGUUACACAAAAUGAAAGAUCGAAAUGUCCCACCGGAUGUUGUAACGUUCAACAUUUUGGUGCACACUCUUUGCAAUGAGAAAAGGAUGAAGGAAGCCUUUUUAUUAAUUGAUGAAAUGAUUCUAGAAGGUUUAAGACCAAGUGCUCUUACUCAUAACAUAUUACUUAGAGGAUUGUGCAAUUCGAGACAGCUCAAAGAAGCAUUUUGGUUAUUGGAUAAGAUGGUAAGUUCAGAGAUUUCUCAUGAUACUAUAUCUCUAAAUCAUCUUUUGAAUGUUCUUUCUGAAGAAGGCAUGAUGGACAAGGCCCAAAGUUUGUUUGAUGAAAUGGUUCAUCAAGGUGACGAGCCUGAUUCAAUAACUUACAAUACAAUGAUCAAGGGAUAUUGUUUGAAAGGUGAAAUGCACAAGGCAAAAGAACUAUUUGAACAAAUGGCAUCAAAGGGUGUUCUGCCUAAUAAUAUUACGUACAACACCUUGGCCAAUGGUUACAUGAGGGUUAAUAGAAGAGAUGUUGCUCUCCAAGUUCUCAAGGACAUGGUCUGUAAUGGGUUGGUCUUCGAUCAUGUAACACAAGGCAUUUUGGAAACCAUUCUUGUCAAAAAGGACUGGUGUUGGGUACAACUGAGCUAAUGCUCACGAAGCUGUUUCACAAAGAAAGUUUCAUGGGAAUUCAUAAUAUCUAGAUGAAAAGCCCUUCAUCAGACUUCUGAUGCAAGUGUUCUAAGCAAAUUCUGCUAAAACUACAAGAAAUGAAGCUGUCAUUAACUAAGAAUGGCGAUCAAUUGCAGUGUGCUUCUUCAUUCUUUGCUUUCAGUGAGUACCAUACUUCCUUGGCGAUUACAUUCCAUGUAAGCUCGAUUCCUAAAUUGAGACCAUUUGAUGCCAAGUCUGCCUAUGAUGAAUAAGUGCGGAUGCAAAGAAUUGAACCUCGGACGGAAGAGAGUCGUGGAGUGAUCAUCCCUUGUUGCUGUGCCAAGAGUACCAUCACUAUCUAUGGUCGCUCGUCCGCGCAAUGGAAGACACCGGCCAAAUUUCAUACUUACAAGUUGAACCUUCUAAAAGAAAUUGUCAAACCACUUUCCGUGCACCUUCAAACUGUAGCCUCCUCGUGUGGAAAAAGUUAUACCCUUGAUGUAAUGAUGUCAAAUUUUGUUAAUAUAAAUUGAUGAUAUAACUUCACUCGCUUUUUUCCUUUCAAGAACUCAAUAAAGGAGCAAAAUUGUCAACGGGUAAUCUUAUAUUUAUGUUCUCAUACCCCACAAGGAGAGCUACGAAGAAAUUGGGAGGAAAGGGAAUACACUUUCUUUGACAUUUAAUAGAUGUCAACCCAUAAUUUCAACAUAUAUCUACUAGCAAAAACAAAAAAACAAAAACAAAAAAAAUCUAUAUGAGUGCAUAUAACUAUAAUUCAUGUCAAGUCGGGGAAGUUUCUCACACUUUUCCCGCUUUGCCUAGCUAUUUAUACUGGUGAAUCCAUGCGCUUUAUUUAUCAAUUCUCUCCCUCUCUCUCUAUCUCCCUC